AGGGAAGGGCUUGAAAAGCAAAACGCUUCUUGUCAGUGCUGAGCAGCUGUGCUCAGACCAAGCAGGGCCGGUCGGUUUGCAUUUGGAGUCUGUUUGGGAGUCAGGCUCGGGCUGGAAGAUGUAAGCCAGGAAUCAACAGCCGGGAGGAAGAGGCACACGCACAAAGAAACCGGCUUCCCUCAAAACCAGAGAGAGAAGAAGCUGGAGCAGAAGGAGUUAAUGGGCUGACCCACAAAAUCCUUCUCAAGAGCAGCGAGGCUUUGGCAAGAAAAGUGGGGCUGAUCCGAAAGGGCGUGGGGAAGAAGAAAGAAAGUUGUGGGGGGGAGGGAGGACGCUGAUAUCAUUGUCCCUCCCAAGGAAGGUCCAUGAGCUCAACUCCUACUAGGACAGGAGGGGCAUGCUGUUUCCUUUUCAAGAGAUCCACGGAAAGAAGCUAGCAAAUGCUUUGCCAGCGUGAGCAGUGUGUGCUCCCUCCUUGACAAGCAAGUUUUCUGAAGUGAAGACUUAGAGCGAGAGAGAGAGGAGCCCAAAGAAGAAAGGAAGGGGCUAUGGUUUGCUGGCCCCGCUGCUUUGUCUCUGGCUCCCUCUGCCACUGGAAGAUUAGCCACAGGACACAAAGAUGCCCCGCUGGUCACUGCACGCCCAAGUUGAGUUUAGUUGGCGCUUCUUUCCUUUUUAGCCCCCUCGCUUUCUCUGGGAGAGCAGGACGUGCAGCCCGGCAGCCGUGAGUGUGUGCUGAAGCGGGGGUUGCUUCUGAACUCAGCUCAAGAGCCUGGUGGAGGUGGGGGGGAAAAGGGGAAAGGGAAGAAGAACUUGGAAGUGCCAAAGGAAAACUGGAUGCACAGAGAAGGAAAAGGCUCCUGGGGAGGCAGCAGGAAGGACAAAGCCAAUUGAUUUGCUGCCUCGGUGUGUGUGUGCGCCAGUUUUUGGAGACCUUAAAAAAAAUAAAAAACACCCAACCCCAAGCCCCAACCCCUUGGCUGGCUCUUAUGGGAAUAAAACACUCCUCCCGCUGCCUGCUCCUAAGGAGGAAAAUGGCGGAGAAUGCUACUGAGAACGCCGAGGUCUGCAGUGGUCCUUCCCAGCCUCCUCAGCCUAUUGUCAUUCCAAAGCCUGUUCAAUCGGUCAUUCAUGUACCUUUGCAACCAAGUUGCCCAGGGCGAGGCAAGAUGGCAAAACUCCUGAAUCCAGAAGAAAUGACAUCCAGGGAUUAUUAUUUUGACUCCUAUGCACACUUCGGAAUCCACGAGGAAAUGUUAAAGGAUGAGGUGCGCACAUUAACAUAUAGAAACUCCAUGUAUCACAAUAAACAUGUUUUUAAGGAUAAGAUUGUAUUGGAUGUUGGAAGUGGCACAGGAAUCCUCUCAAUGUUUGCUGCCAAGGCAGGAGCCAAGAAGGUGUACGGGAUCGAAUGCUCCAGUAUAUCUGACUACUCAGAAAAAAUUAUCAAGGCGAACCACUUGGACAACAUCAUCACAAUAUUUAAAGGUAAAGUGGAAGAAGUUGAACUGCCUGUGGAUAAAGUAGACAUCAUCAUCAGUGAAUGGAUGGGUUACUGUCUUUUCUAUGAGUCAAUGCUAAAUACAGUCAUCUUUGCACGAGACAAGUGGCUGAAACCUGGAGGGCUUAUGUUUCCAGACCGGGCUGCUUUGUACGUGGUAGCAAUUGAAGACAGACAGUACAAGGACUUCAAAAUUCACUGGUGGGAGAAUGUGUAUGGCUUCGACAUGACCUGUAUUAGAGAUGUUGCCAUGAAGGAGCCCCUGGUGGACAUAGUAGAUCCAAAGCAAGUGGUGACCAAUGCCUGUUUAAUUAAGGAAGUGGAUAUUUACACAGUGAAGACUGAAGAGCUGGCAUUUACAUCCGCUUUCUGCCUCCAAAUUCAGCGCAACGACUACAUCCAUGCCCUAGUCACCUAUUUUAAUAUUGAAUUUACAAAGUGCCACAAGAAAAUGGGAUUUUCCACAGCCCCUGAUGCUCCAUAUACCCACUGGAAGCAAACUGUCUUCUACUUAGAGGAUUACCUAACUGUGAGAAGAGGUGAAGAAAUCUAUGGAUCUAUAUCCAUGAAACCAAAUGCAAAAAAUGUGCGUGACCUGGAUUUCACAGUAGAUUUGGAUUUUAAAGGACAGCUGUGCGAAACAUCUGUAUCUAAUGACUACAAAAUGCGCUAGCACAACCACCUCAUGGGAGAUGGAGAGGAGAAUUGCAUCAAAUCUUGAUCCACUGCACUUCAAGCUAGAAACAAUUGUUUGCAGGUCUAUUAUAUUAGACCAUAGAAAGUGUACUCUGGUGGCAAGUUGGUAACCUGAUCCCUCCUGCUGGUGGCACAUGGAGAUGGCAUCCUGCUAUGAAUGUACAGUAUACAGAACCAUAACUUGUCACUUCUAUAGGCAAAAUAAGUGAACAGUCUUCAGUGCUCUGGUUAAUUUUAGGAUGACAGAAGAUGUAUAAUCAAAUUGUAUUACUGUGAAUUUCUGGUUCUUCCAAGCUUUGCAUGUUACAGGCAAUUAGGACAAUUACCUUGAAAAAAGAAGACCACUGAGACACAUUGUCAUGAUAGCAUUACUGAGAUUAUAGUCAGUAUAAACAUAUUAUAAAUAUAUUAUAAAUAUGAAACUAUGUUGUACAUCAGAAGGAUUCUAUUGCUUCAUAAUCAAAAUUUGUUUUGUGAUUAGAUUUUUCUUCCCAUUAGGCAACAAUAGAAAGUUAACAGUACUAGCUCUGAUAUUAAUCUAUCUAGGCAGAUGCUCCAAUUGUCAUUCACUGCCCUCCUCUGUAGCUUUGGGGAAUAUUCCAUAUUGAUUGUUAGUGUGAGCUAGAAGGUAACCGAAAAUCAGCAGCUAUGUUCUAGGGUACCAGUUGGAAAACAUAAAAUAUCUUUUACUUUCAUGUUGAUUUCUAUACCAUUCAGACAGACAUUUGCCAGUUAUUUAAAAAAAAACAGGUUUAACUUUUCAUCAUUUGGGAACAUUUUGUGAUGAAUGAUUAUGGUGGGAUUUUGCAUGAGAUGCUUUUAAAUCUGAUAUACAUUAUGUGAAUGUGAGGAGUGAGAAGCCUUUAAAAUGGUAGAUUAAUCAUGCUUUUUUGGCCAUGUCACAUCUCAGUUUACCUCUCAGCCACCAUCUUACUACAAAAUCAUUUUAGUUCUGAAUAAACAGGGGUUGGGGUUUACUCUUUUGAUGGUGUUGGACAGGUCACUUUAAAGUACAAAUGUUAGUCUUAAAAGUGCAGUGAUAACCUUUGAUGAAAUAAGGUAAUGUUUAUUUUUUAAAAUUGUGGUUUCUGAUAUUAUGAAGAUGUCUGUAGCUUCCCCGUUCCACUUAUUUUAAGUAUAUUCCACUUAUAGUAAAAUGUUAACUGUUUAUAUUCCUUGAGAUGUAUGUAUCACUUUUUUUUAACUACAUAUACACAUAUUGGGCAUUUACUCACAAGUAAUUUAUUACAUUGUUGCAUCAUUGUCUUCAUCGUAUGUCUUCUGGCCAUCAAAGGUAUUAGGCACAAAAAUAUGUUCGUGUCAUGUACUUAUUAAAAUUGACUAGCUUUCUGUCUAAGCUAAUUUCUUUAUCAGCUGCAGCUGCAAAUGAAACAGGCUAGAAGUUGUGAAAAACUAACAGUGCUAACGGUGUAAGCUUGUCCGUAAGCUUUUCUUAGGUUCCCGUCUGCUCAGUGUAAAAAUUGUCUGCAUUUAACCUUUUAGACACAUUUCUAUUGUUUUUGACUUCAUCUGAGAGAUGUACAGUACUUUCAUUUUCUUAUGGUCUAAAGAUGAUUAUCUUGGGAUCAUGGUACAUGGCAUCUAUGUAGAAUGAAAUUAAACUGUAAUUUGGCAGU